GGGCCACCAGACACACAGAAUGGCUCAACGGCGCUGGCACAUCGCUGCGAUAUCUGCCACAAUGUAUCCGUGAGUUUCCGUCGUCGUCGUCGUAUAUAUUUUUCUUCAGCGAAUGCAGGAGACACGCCAAAUACGUCCAACCACAAAAAGUGUAACUGUCUCCCCUCAUAUUCCAAAAGGUUUGCCUUUUCGGUUCGGCGACGCUGUAUGUUUUUUUUUUUUUUAAUUUUUUUUUUUUAAAGGAAGCAAUUGCACCUCUGCCGCAACUCCAUCUGCUUACGCAAAUGACCUCAGUCACCUGUGCGCGUUGAAACUCGAAUGCAACAGUAGGUGUUUUUUUUUUAAGUUAUCACGAAUGAUUUAAAAGUGGGUUAAGGGGGAUUUCUCCAACGCCGACACUUGGAAGGUGCAAUUACUUAACACUUGCAACAUGGCUGCUGCUGCUGCCGCUGGGACGGCGGCGAGAAAAGUUUGACACUGACGCGGGAGAAGUUUUACGCGAAUGCCAGUCGGUACGUGAGUCGCUGGUCCGGAUAUUAAAGUGCUCCGCCGGCGCGCGACUUCGGGCUCCAAACCUGCAGAUAAACCGUGCGAGAGCCUCUUCUUCCUCCUCCUCCUCCUCCUCCUCCGUAGUCCCCUGCAGUGGAGUUUUUUUUGUUUUUUUUGGAGGGGGGAAAACUGGUGUCUCCAUCGUAAAAAUCCGUGUUGGCGAUUUUUAAAUUUUUGUCGUCAGACACCGGAGGGGGGGGCUUGUGUUUCUCCAGCUGAGAUGCAUUUUUCCAUACCGGAGACGGAGGUUCGUUCGGGAGAAAAUGGAUCAAGCUAUGUGGCCUACAACAUCCACGUCAACGGCGUGCUGCACUGUCGGGUCCGCUACAGUCAACUCCUCGGCCUCCACGAGCAGAUAAAGAAAGAAUAUGGCAGCAAUGUGGUGCCUGCGUUCCCUCCAAAGAAGAUCUUCACUUUGACUCCUGCUGAGGUCGAACAGAGACGAGAACAGCUGGAGAAAUACAUGCAGGCCGUGCGUCAGGAUCCGUUGCUCGGAGCCAAUGAGAUGUUCAACAGCUUCCUACGGAAAGCCCAGCAGGAGACGCAGCAGAUUCCCACGGAAGACGUCUCCCUGGACAUCUGCCUGUCCAACGGUCAGAAGGUCACCGUCAACAUUCUGACUUCAGAUCAGACCGAGGACGUCCUUGAUGCUGUUGCAACAAAGCUCGACCUUCCUGAUGACCUCGUUGGUUACUUCAGUCUCUUCCUCAUCCGUGAGGGGGCGGACGGGGGUUUAACGUUUGUGCGAAAGCUGCAGGAGUUUGAGCUGCCUUACGUGUCCAUCACCAGCUUGCGGAACUCUGAAUUUCACAUCCUCCUACGGAAAAGCUACUGGGACAUGGCGUACGACGGUGAUGUCAUGGACAACCGGGUGGGCCUGAAUUUGCUGUACGCCCAAACGGUGUCGGACGUCGAGCGAGGCUGGAUUCUCGUCAACAAAGACCAGCACAGGCAGCUCAAGUCUCUGCAGGAGAAGGGCUCCAAGAAAGAGUUCAUCCAUCUGGGUCAGACGCUCAAAUAUUACGGCUACAUCAAGUUCGACCCCUGCGUCACCGACUUCCCCGAGAAGGGCUGCCAAGUCAUCGUCAGCGCCGGCAGCAACGAGCUCAACUUCCACGUCAAGCUGCCCAGUGAGCAGAUGAAGGAGGGAAGCUUCAAGGUCACGCGCAUGCGCUGCUGGCGAGUCACGUCCUGCCAAGUCCCGACAGCCAACGGCACCACCAAUCCCUGCAGCGCGUCCAAAUGCGAGGUCAAACUGGAGCUGUCCUUCGAGUAUCUCAUGAGCAAGGACCGCCUGCAGUGGGUCACCAUCACCAGUCAGCAGGCCAUCAUGAUGAGCAUCUGCCUUCAGUCCAUGGUGGACGAAUUAAUGGUGAAGAAGUCAGGCGGCAGCAUUAAAAAGAUGCUGAGGAAACGACACAACUCCAUCCAGCGCUCAGACAGCCAGCAGGCUGUGAAAUCUCCCCCUCUACUGGACUCUCCGGACCCGAACCGGGAACAAAUCGUCAAACUCUCAACCAAGCUGGGCUCUGUGUCCCUCCGGGGGAUCAGCGCCUCCAACUCGGCAAACGACAUCAGCGGGAAUGAUUUCCAUGGCAACUACGCUUUCGAGGGGAUUGGGGACGAUGACCUGUAACCCCCGAUUCGCCCUCCUCCGCCCCUUCUUCAUUCCACUGUCAGCGACCAGGACGACAAAGAUCGAAAGACCAGCCGAGCGACAUUUUUGCAACAUUGUAGCUUCCUCCUGGAGAAACCGCUGCCUUAAGAGCUCUCAUUUAAUCCUUUCUUGAUUUCUAUUUGUUUCAAUCAUCAUAUUCAAUGGAAAGUUUCACAGGGAUUACUGAUCCAUAGAGGAUACGUGUGAGGUUCCACAAUGCUGUUCAAUACGUGAAGUCAAUUAAUAUACUAAAAACAAAAAAACAACCCCUGCUAGAUCCUGGAUUCCUUUUUCCCAACGCGAGAGCUGAAUGUUAAGUGAGACCCGGCACUAGUGAUGACACAGCAGAACCGGACAUGUGACCAGUUCUCGAAAUGACCCCCAGAGUCUGUCGAAAUGUGUUCAAAUUGACCUGUAGACUAUUCAGAGCAACCGCCUACUCGUACGGAUGGUCGACGUUUGGCUCGGCUGUAUACCAAAAUGUUUUUAUACUGUUGGUGAUCCUCCGCGUGUCACUACUACUCGUGUGCCAAGUCCAUAAAUGUUUUCAGCUCCCGUUUGUCACUCAUGCUGCCUUCAGAAAUGGUUUGCUGCCUUAACUUUAGCUUGUCAUGUAGAGAGACGUUGGGGAGAAGCUGCAGACAAACGGCGGCGGCCGGCGUUCCCUUGAAUCUUGCCGAGCUCGGCAGAAGGUUGAUUCGGCCGAGCCGCUUGCACUUGCUGAACCAUCUUUUUUGCACAGUAUUACAGGUGGAGAUGAAUGUUUGAGUGGAAGCUUGAACAUGACUUCAAACAUUGAGUGGAGAUUAUUUUUGUCCAAUGGGUCUAAAUCCAUCGAUGAUUUUUCUCUUCAUUAUUUUUAAACAAUUUUUUUUAAAGGUUUCUCAUGAAUGCCAAAUUAUAGUUUACUAAAGCAUUUUGCACAAAAUAAACAUCAAUUAUGACAAUGUCACUUUUUAUAUUAUGUACAUGCAAUUAAGUAUUCUGAACAUUUACUAAUAUCUUUAUCACCAAUAGCUUGUUGUAAUCACAUAGAUCAAAUGUAAUCUAAGCUGUAUAGGACGAGUUUAAAUGGACUAACGUAUCUUUUUGUUUACAUAAUGUUUAGGGGACUUUAUUAGUUUAAAUGUAAAGUGUUUACAAAUUGUGCAUCGGAUUUCCUUUUUGUCUCGUUCGCUUUGCGGCGCGCUCACUGCAAUCUGAAUGUGCGUUGUGCCAAUCAUCUCGGAGGAUUUAGUUGCAACGGGUGCUUCGGCGAAGUGGGCGGAUGUGAUCUCAAUUGCUGGAGUGAAAAAAGUUUUAUUAGGAGCAGGCAACAAAAAUUAACGUGUCCCUCGGUUUCAUUAGACACUUUGUUUUUUCUAUAUAUAUAUAUAUAUAUAUUAUACUUUUUAUUGCCGCAUCUAAAUGUAAAUCGAUGGCCACCGAUCAGCAUCUUUCCCCCUCGCUGGUAGCCAGAACUGUAGAAGGAAAUGUCUCCAGCCUCCAGCUGCUUUCACAGUAGAUGGAUGUGGACACCACGAUCCAUUUUUAUUUCGUAUUGUUCCUGUGCACGUACACAAACUGCCAGGACCUGGAUUUUAAUAAAUGUGUAGUUGCCAAAUUAAAGUGAAUUCUUCAUCAGCAUAACUUUCCCAGAAACUGUCAAAAUGUCUGAUUUGUAUUGUGUUUUUGAUUUUAGUUGAAAGGUUGGUGACGACUGAAAUAAACUCAAAUUUCGAUGA